AUAUAUCUGUUUUAUUGUAUAAGUUGUAAUUAUUCUAUAUAAAUAAUAUGACAACCGUCAUAUGUUAAGUGUGCUUUAAAAUUAUAAAUAGAUUUACGCGGACAUCAUUGGCUGAUUCAAAAGUAAAUCUAGCGAACUUGUGAGAUCGUCACGUGAUCGUUUUAGCGCGUGGGUUAUAUCGUCGGCCAUUUUGGAGUAGUUGAGAUUUAAUUUGUUCAAUUAAGUUGGUUUGUUGAAUUUAACAUUGAGAUCGGCUAUGUCGAAUCGAUCAAAAAAAUCUACGGCUUCGUCCUCGACUAUCGUGACGAAAAGUUCAACGACUACUUCGACGCCAUUGUCGGCCUCGCAAAGCUUCCGCAGUACGCCGGGUUCUAAUCGACCUCCAUCUCCAACUGUCCUGUCUAGGCUCCAGGAAAAGAAUGAGCUGGCCGGAUUGAAUGAUCGUCUGGCCAAUUAUAUUGAAAGAGUUAGGACGUUGGAAGUUGAGAACGGCAGACUUACUCGUAUCAUUACCAGCAAAGAUGAAUGCGUGGUCAAGGAGACUUCGAAAAUUAAGGGAAUGUUCGAGGAAGAAUUGGCCAGUGCUCGAAAGUUGUUGGACGAUGUUUCAAAGGAAAAGGUCAAGUUGCAGGUUGAGACUUUGACACAGAAAAAGGAGAUUGAGGAACUGAAAGACAGACUAAAGAUUCGGGAUGGUGAUUUAGCACUUGUCACACAAAAAGCAGCAUCAGCUGAAGCUCAGGUUGCUGACCUGCAGGCAAGAUUGGGUGAUGCCCUUGCAAUGAGGAAACAUUGGGAAGAGGAAUUCAAUAAAAUGAAAAAGGAGCUUGAUAAUGCAAAUAGGAAUUUAGCUGCAGCUAAGAAGAAUUUGGAGGAGGAGAUGGUAAGUCGAAUUGACCUUGAGAAUAGAUUUCAAAGCUUCAAGGAAGAUAUGGAUUUCAAGGACCAGCUUCAUCGACAAGAAAUCUCAGAAACAAUUACGAAAUCUCACGUUGUAGUCGAGGAGACAGACCAUCGUCUGCAGGAUGAAUAUGACAGCAGGCUGAUGGAGGCCUUGCAGCAGAUACGAGCAGAAAAUGAAGACCAGAUCAGAUCGAUGAGGCUCGAGACGGAGGCAGUCUUCGAGAAGAAGUAUGCAGAAUUAAGAGAUGCAGCCUCUAGAAAUGAAGGCAACUCGGAGAAGAAUUUGAGUGACCUUAAGAAUUCAAAGAAGAGGAUUGAAGAGCUGCUUAUUGAUGUAUCCAGACUGAACAACAAGCUCCACGAUUAUGAAACCAUUAUAAGAGAUCUGGAGAUUAGGUUGAAAGCAGCAAAAGAUGAACAUGCAGCUGAAUUGGAUUCUCUCAAUGUACAAAUUCGUCUGUUGAAGAAGACAAUCGAGGAGCAGAUGGAAGAGUACAGAGAUCUCAUGGACACGAAGAUCAAGCUGGACACUGAGAUCGCUGCCUACAGGAAACUUCUUGAGAGUGAGGAGUCCAGAUUGAAAGGUGUCGUAGGAGUAAGGUACAGUUCUGCUGGAAGUGAUUCAUCGAGAAAGAGGAAGCGUUACGAUGAUGAUGAGUCUGAAAGGUUUUCAUCAAGAUUGCUGGAUAGUUCUGAUGUCGGCGCAGAUACGAGCAUUGCAUCAGUGGCAACUUCAUCUGAGUUUGUGUGCUCAUCUGUCACCAAUGAUAUUGUCAAAUUUGAGGCUGUUGACCCUGAAGGAAAGUUCAUCAAACUCAGUAAUACUUCUGAUGAAAAGGAGCUGGCUCUAGGUGGAUGGCAGCUGAAGCACAGCAGUGGUGACAAUGAGACAACAUACAAGUUCCACAGGAAUCUUCUCUUAAAACCUGGCUCUACUGUUACUGUUUGGAGUGCUGAUGCAGACAAGGUGCAUGCACCACCCAGUGAUUUGGUCAUGAAGGGUCAGUCAUGGCACGUUGCCGAAGUCAACAACACUGUACUACUUGACCAGAAAGGAGAUGAGGUGGCAACAUUUGAGAUGAAAAAAUCUCUAGUGAAGGUUUCAUCAUUAUCAUCAUUCAGCAAUGGCGACAACUCAGGUUUUGCAGUCGAAAAAUUCAAGCAAGGGAUGGUUGUCCUUCCUUGGCUGAUUGUCUGAACCAUCCAUCCAAUCUACUGAUUGACUGAUCACGCAAAUGGCAACUAUUUACAUUAAUCUUAAUUUAUUAUUAUUUCUACCAUCGUGAAAGUGACAAGUUUCUAGCGUUCUGAUUUAUUAUUAUUCCCAAAUUUCAUUGUCAUUCUCUGCUUUGAUAAAUUAUUUCGUCUCAUAUUAUUUUAAGUCACUGUUUGCCAUAUAUUGUAAGACUGGUAAAUGAUUCUUGUUCAUAAUCGUAUAAAUUUAAGUUAUAGAACAUGGAAAUAAUUAAAUGAGUGCUCCAACGUGUACACGAUUUAUCUUUUUAUGGCAUAAACGUAAACGCGCGCGCGCGCGCGCGUGUGUGUGUGUGUAGCUAUCAUCAUUUUGUAUUGUUUGGUCUGUGUCUGCAAUAAGGCGCACAAAUUAUUUAUAUAAAUAUAUACACGCUUAAUUGUUUGUUGCUUUUAGUUUUUUAAAUAUUUUUUUUUUAAUUAUGCUAAUUAAUCUGACGGUUUCAUUAGCUAUUUUUUGUUGACCAUGCUAAAAGUUAAGCAGUCAAUUUGCCAUGUUAGCCAAUUUGUAUCAAUAAUUAUUAUUUCUAUUUUUUUUGGAACCACAUUAAAUUCACAUCUUGAAUCGUGAAAAUGAAAUUAAUUGUUGAAUUAUGUUAUUACGCAUCCUUACGUUCAGUUUUAGAUACUUAGGUCUGAUAAAGUGAUAACAACAUAUUUUGUGAGGACACUCAAACAAAUGUUUUUAUACCAUUACAUGAUAUUUUAGAAUUACAUUUGUAGAGGUUGAUGACAACUGACUGCUCUUAUAAAUAACUAUUGUAUCUUUUUUAUUUUAUUAUGAUUUUUGAAAAGUAGAAUUAGAUAUCGAUUGAAAAAGU